UCUUGAUGCGUCGAGAAGCUGAUCGAGACUUCGUAAAACAGUCUCGAAGACACAGAAGCUCUUCAAGCUCCUCUCUAUAACUCUUAACCUCCUCCUCCUCCUCCUCCUCCACCUCAACACACGAACGACUCACUCUUUUACCUGAAACAAACAAUCCCGCGACAAUCAAAAGCCAUGGCGCUGGCUCGUUUGGCCCUCAAGAACUUGCAGCAGAGGUUGGGUUCGGCUUCCUCUGCUCCUUCUUUAUGCAGGGCAAGCCAGACUGGACAGAGGUGGAAUGCCGGUGAGGAGGCGAUGGUGAUGAACAAGAGGUUCCUGGCAACAGCGACCGAGAAGGCUUCCGGUGACAAGGAGGUCGCAGUCAGCGAGAAACGCGAUGGCAGGAAGUUCAGGCUCUUCCCCAGGAGGAAUCGCAGGAGGAGCCUCUGGAGGAGGAACGAUGAUGCUGACGUCCCUGCUCUUUAUGAGUUCUUUCCUUCAGGGCUGGGGAAUGCGCUGAUGCAAGCGACGGAGAACAUAAACAGGCUGUUCGAGAACAUGAACAUCUCGCCAUGGCAACUCAUGGGCCGAGUCAAAGAGAAGGACGACCACUACAAGCUUCGGUACGAGGUCCCGGGCCUGACCAGGGACGACGUGAAGAUCACCGUCCACGACGGGGUCUUGACGAUCAAGGGCGAGCACAAGGGAGAGGAAGAGGAAGGGUCGGACGACGAGUACUGGUCUGCGGAGACGUAUGGGUAUUACAACACGAGCCUAGUCCUGCCCGAGGAUGCCAAAGCGGAUGAGAUCAAGGCCGAGUUGAAGGAUGGUGUGCUCACCAUCAUCAUUCCAAGGACCGAGAGGCCCAAGAAGGAUGUCAAGGAAGUGGAAAUCCACUGAGCGUGCUCUGUUUCUAGGAGUGUCUGGAGUACGUUCUAGUAGUGACCUUGUCUGUUUGGUAGACUGAGAAAUCGCUCUUAGGUUUGGCUUCAGCCUUGUAUUUUCGGCUCUCCCCUCGUUGAUGAGUGGCUUGUUAAUAAAGCUUGUCAAGGUGGUAUUGACAGUUUUCAUGUACAAAGAUGUAUCUUUUGGAUUAAAGAAAUGGUAUUGAUGA